GCAUUUCGGCUGGGCCGAAAAUUACGAUUCCUGAUUACACUGGACAAAACUUCAUGCGGCUUCCUUACUUGGAGCAUUACAGUAUAUACUUGACAGGCUUCCUCGUGAAAAAUGAGGUGGACUCUAGGCAGCUCGGUGGUUUUUGUGGAAUUUCUGACUGAGGAGAUUUUAUCAUUUUUUCAGAAAAACGCAGCAUUUUUUUUUCAAAAAAGCACUUGCUAUUAAAUGGGAUAGAUGAUUUUGCGUGUAUUUCAUUUGAGGUUUACUAUUUGGAUAAAGAGAGAACCGACCUUACACAAUACUACUUUACCUCUGAUUUUCUAAUCAGAUCCGGCGAUAGAAUUUAAAUUAAAUUUCAGUUAUCUACUUGUUUCCUCUCCACCUCAAGACGCACGCAAUCAGUCUAUUCUUACUCUCAAAAACCGCCCCUUGUUUUCAUUAUUCGACCUGAAAACGUGUAUUGAAUUCAUGAGCAUUUUUUGCUCCGUUUUUGCACAGACUUAUCAUGUCUAGAUGGUAUAACGCUUAGUUAAGCUAAGCAAUCGUUUUAAGUUAAAAAAAACAGAGACUACGCGGUGUAUUAAUUUUUAAAACUAUCAUAAUUUAUUCAAAGCCGAUAUAAAAGUCGCAAGAAUUCACGAGCGCAUGAACAAUAAAAUUUACCAUUAUUUGACUGCUUUGUGCGCGGAUUAUAUAAUUGACAAAGCUAGGUAGCUGUUUUAUAUCAAUCGUGUUUUAGCUGGCUCCCGGGGUUGCACAUUUGGUUGGAUAGACUUUAAAAUCGCUUAUCUUCGCACGAAUACCAAACAGUGCUUUUUAGAAAGCAGCUAAAACCAAUUCAAAAACGUUGAAGACUUGAGUUUUUUAGAGAACCGUCUGUUUUAUAGUAUUUGAAAGAGAUAAAAGCUCUUUUCAAGUCGGUGAUUUUUUAAAAGACUAACGUUUAAAAAGAUAUCAAUCUAUAUAUAUAUAUAUAUAUUAGUUUAUUGUACAGAGCAAUAAUCAUCAACAUUUAUGUUACUAUCAUAAAAAAAUUGUAAUUAUCAGUCCUUUCAAAGAAAAACGUGGACGAUUGUUUUUUUUUUCUGAUCGAGGAAGUUUUGUUAUUGAAUUAUUCUUCAUUACUUGAUUAUAUGAGACCAGCUUGAUCAUGAUGUAAAUAUAAAUCAAAUUCGUCAAUUAUCUUUCAUUAUUUUGGCUUUACCCUUAACAAUGGGUCAGGUUCUCUCGGAGCCCAUCACCACUAAACACACGACACUGCAUGAGAACUCCAAUUUGAGGGUAGCCUCAUCCGCCAUGCAAGGAUGGAGAACAACGAUGGAGGAUGCUCACACGUGUAUGAUGUCAAUCAAAGAAGACCCCGGCAGCCAAUUCUUUGGGGUAUUCGACGGCCACGGAGGCACAAAAAUAGCCCAGUACUCAUGCAAACACUUACCCCACAGAGUAUGCUCCAGACUAGAAUACAAAACUGGGCAAGUAGAGAGUGCAGCAAAGAAAGCUUUUCUGGAUCUGGACAAGGAGAUGAUGACGAAUGCGGAGCUAGCCAACGACUUCUCAGGAUCCACUGCCUGUUGUGUCCUCAUCAGACAAAACAAACUAUACUGCAUGAAUGUUGGCGAUUCUCGAGCGAUCGCUUCCAUAAAAGGUCUGCCUUUGUCUCUAUCCUACGACCACAAGCCGAACAACAUCGGAGAACAGACUCGGAUUGUGAAGGCGGGUGGCUUUGUGGAACUUAACCGAGUGAAUGGAAACUUAGCUCUGUCCAGGGCUCUGGGAGACUUCUCUUUCAAAAGGAAUCUGAAGAAACAACAGGAUGAACAAAUUGUAUCAGCGUUGCCUGAUGUGACUGUGCAUGACAUCAACACUGACCUGGAGUUUGUGGUGGUGGCGUGUGAUGGCAUCUGGGAUGUGCUCUCAAACGUGGAGGUGGUCGAGUUCUGCAGACAGAGAAUCGCCAAUCAGAUGGAGCCCACCAAGGUUUGUGAGGAACUCAUCUCCAGAUGUCUGGCAACAGAGUGCAACCAGGGGGGUCUGGGCUGCGACAAUAUGACAGUCAUCCUCAUCUGCUUCACCCACGCGGGUGACUCAUACGCCCACCUAGCCAAAAGAUGUUCACGUCCCUCUAACCUCCUAGGCGGCGGGGGAGGAAACAGCAGCAGCAGCCAAAACCAGGCCAGAGGCGGCCACCCUGUCGCAAACGGUGCUAGCUUCAACACUUCCCCUCUUGGAAUUACCUCACUAGGGUCAAGUUCAAGAACUAACCCCCACUUGCAACCCGCUGGGGCUAGUUCCAAACUGUACUUGAAUGGGUCCCGUUCAAGUUGGAAAUAUUGAUUACAUGUUUUAUUGGUUUCAAUUGUUGAUAUUAGUUGAUGCGUUACA